AAGGGUUGGAGUUAUGAAACACUGGCCACUACCCACUUGUAUUUUAGAAUUGAGUUGAAAAUAAAACUUCAUUUAUCAGUUUCAGCACGCACUCCAGUGAUCAUGGGGAAGAUUGAGUGGGCUAUGUGGGCUAACGAGCAAGCUCUGGCUGCUGGACUCAUUUAUGCGACUGGUGGAAUCGUCGGAGUGGCCGGUCAGUUCAGAGGCUGGCAGUUCGCUGCGUUCGGCAUUGCUGCCGGUGUAUUUGUUUGUUUGCUUGAAUAUCCGCGCAGCAAACGAGGCAAAGGCACCAGCGUUGAGAGAACUGGUCAAUACUGCUUCACAGUGUGUGUAAAGGCUUUUGGACCCCUGACCAGAAACUAUUACGUCAGAGCAUUCUUGCAUGCUGCGCUGUGUGUUCCUGGAGGGUUCAUGUUAGCCACAGUUCUGGGGUGUGUGUGUCUAGCAAUUUCCAGUUUAAUCUACCUUUCAGCAGCUAUUCACGGAGAGCAUUGGGAGCCAAUACUGCCCCGGACAGAGCCACCAAAGCGCAUUGGGGAGAGCAUCAAAGAACCUCCUCAAAACCCUCCACCUCGACCUCCUCCCGAACUCCGCCGGAAGAAAGUGGAUAACCUAGAGACUGCUGCGUAUGACAAUCCCAUGUCUGUGACCACCAAUGAAUAAGGAUUCCAGUGUUAAAAAACAGUUUAUCUAUAAUUCAUUGUAAUACGAAGCAUUUAUGAUGAGUUUAUACUGACAAACUGCAUCAAAACACACAUACAGAGAGAGAGAGAGAGAGAGAGAGAGAGAGAGAGAGAGAUGGCACUGACUUGUAUUGUUUAUUUUAUAAUAUCUAGGGUGUGUACCUCUUGAUCAAUUUGAUACAUCCCGGUUACUUGCAUACAUUUUCAUACUAUUGUUACAUUUUUAUUGUCACUGAUAAGAGUGAUUUUUAUGUGAGAUCAGUUUGUAUCAUCUAAUAACAGUAGGAUAGAUGCUGAACAGUAAAGAUGCUGUCAAAAUGUUAACCAUAAUUAUGUAUAUUUACCUCAAGAGAGUGUAUGUCUUCAUUUGUACUUACAAUAAACUCAGGAUUUGCUUCAUUAAA